CACUCUGCUUGUUUCUUCAACCGCUUUCCUCCAAGGAGCUAGUUUUCCCUCCAUGCCUUGGGAUUCCAGCAUAGUUUGGGAUUUGUCCUGUUUUAAAUUUACUUUCACUGCCCGCUUUGGACAUUUCUUCAGCUAAAGCUGUUAGGAUUCCAGUACUUUCAGGACAGUGAUGACACACUUCAGUCAGUUCUUCUCUGGCUCCUUCAUUAACAGAAUGGAAAAAUAGCCCAUCUGUCUGGACCUGGGUAGUAGAAUUGGGAGAAAAAAAUAACAGAAUUCUCAGUCAUAACCCUCUGUCAACUGUUGAAGAUUCAUAUCUUUUUAAAUUGCCGGCAUUAAAACAUUUGGACAUGGGAACGACACAGGUGUCACUUACAACAAUUGAGAGCAUUCUCAUGCUGACCUUGGAAUUGGAAAAACUGAUUUUACCUACCCGUAUGGCCUGCUGUCUCUGCCAAUUUAAAACUACUAUUGAGGUUGUCUGCAAGACAGUCAAGCUGCACUGUGACAGUGAAUGUCUGACAAAUGCCACACUUUGCGAUGAGGGAGAAUCUAUAAGGAAUGCAGGGUCAUUCAUGAAGGUAUUGACAGCUCGGAAGAAGAGCACCAGCACCGAGCUGACUAUUGAGGCAGAGAAGGUGUCCUCAGAAAAAAAUGGUGUUGGUUUCUUAGCCUUGAAGAAUGAGCAACUAGACCUUACUGAUGAAAGUGAUGUCAUUACUGCACUGAAUUACAUAUUGCCUUACUUCUCAGAUGGAAAUCUAGAAGACAUAGAAUCAGCUUUAUUACCAUUCAUUAAACUUCUGUUUUCAAAUGUGCAAGAGGGAGACAAUCCCGUGGGUCACUUGACAAGUGACACACAAGCACCUCCUCUAAAGCCUGGAUCCAACAAUUCAACCUUCAAGAAUAAACUAAGGAAACUCAAUUUUCUGGAAAAUUUCUUAGAUACAGAAAUUCAGGAAAAGAUUGAUGAAGUUAAAGACAAAGAAAAAACUGCCAUGCUUCUACAUUCCAGGGUUUUAGGUCCCAAGUUGAAACGUCAAAUCUUUCCAAAGAAAUUGGACACUGCCCGACCGCAGGAAAAGAGCCCAGGCAAGGGUGAGAGCGUAGGGACAAAGAUGCUGCGCGUGAGCAGGGUCAUCAAGGGCCCAAAGGGCAUGCGGAAAAGGCGCUUGAAAGCAGUGGGACGUCAGAACAUCCAGAGGAAAGAGAAGGCCCAGGCGUUUGUGGAGAACGAGGCCAAAGAAGGACAGCUCGGGAGACCAUCCCCAAGGGAGCUGGAGCGUCUUCCCGGGACACAGAGGCCUGGGAAGUUAGUGGGAAGCACCUUCAAUACAGAGCCCUCGUUCAUACAGGCACACAAGACAGGGGUCAAGUCUAUCCUGAAACUACACUCGUUGGGUAGGCCUUCUGCCUCCACCGCUCCAAAAUCCCCAGCUGAGGUGAAAAUGACCUUCCAGAGGGGCCAGGGACACACCAUUGUCUCCAGGCAGCGGGUCAGGUGCAUCGUGAGUAACUGGUGUUUGGUGAGCCAGGGGCGAGGGCCCCAGAGGAACCUGUUCAUUGACUUCAGAGCCUAA